AUGAACCCUCAGUGUGCCCGCUGUGGGAAGAUCGUCUACCCGACGGAGAAAGUCAGCUGCCUGGACAAGAACUGGCACAAAGGAUGUUUCCACUGCGAGGUUUGCAAGAUGACCCUGAACAUGAAGAACUACAAAGGUUAUGACAAGAAGCCCUACUGCAACGCACAUUAUCCCAAGACGUCGUUCACCAUUGUGGCCGACACACCAGAGAACCUGAGACUGAGACAGCAGAGCGAGCUACAGAGCCAGGUGAAGUAUAAGAAGGAUUUUGAGGAGAGCAAAGGUCGAGGGUUCAGCAUCGUGUCCGAUACUCCAGAGAUGCAAAGACUCAGAAAGACUCAGGAGCAGAUCAGUAUCGUGAAGUACAAGGAGGACUUUGAGAAGAUGAAGGGUCAGAGCUCUACACCGGGAUUGGACGACCCGAGCAUGGAGCGCUACCAGCGAGCCAAUCACAUGAUGGGAGAGGCGGGAUACAGCAAAGGGAUGCACCCACAGGCGAUGGAGAUGGACCGGAGACCUGGAGGCAUCAUCGUAGACCUGAAGGUUUGGAGGACCGACCCAGGCUCCAUCUUUGACUUUGACCCUCUAGAGGACAACAUCCAGUCCAAGAGCCUCCGCAGGAUGUCCGCUCCCGUCCUCCCCGGAGCGUACCACCAUCAGCAGGGCGUCCAGAUGCAGCAGCAGCAGCAGUAUCACGGCUACAUGCAUCAGACCAGCAUGUCAUCAGUCAGAUCUGUCACCUCCCCCCCGCACUCAGCCACCAUGCGUGUUUACCGGGCGCUGUACGACUACGCGGCUCAGGAUCACGACGAGGUCUCGUUCCGGGACGGCGACGUCAUCGUCAACGCUCAGCCCAUCGACGAGGGCUGGAUGUACGGCACGGUGCAGAGGACCGGCAAGUCUGGCAUGCUGCCCGCUAACUACGUGGAGUGCUGCAACUGA